UGGUGGAGGGGGAGGGACAGGAGGAGGAGAGAGGGGAGUCUUUGCCUUAACUCCUGCUGUAUUUCUUUGGCACUCAGUGGAUCACCUGUCUGGACUCCGGUGGGACGGGACGGGACAGGCUUGCCUGUGGGAGACCUGCGGUGGGUUCAGAGCCAUGACAAGAGCUGCGACUAAGGAAGGAGAGCCCAAUGGGGCCAUCGCAGUUCCUGAAGAGAUAAAAAAGGAGGAAAUGGAAGAGAGAGGCCAGUGGAGUAGCAAAAUGGAGUUUGUGCUGUCUGUGGCUGGGGAGAUCAUCGGUCUGGGUAAUGUGUGGAGGUUCCCAUACCUCUGCUACAAGAACGGUGGUGGAGCCUUCCUCAUCCCUUACCUCAUCUUCCUCUUCACCUGCGGGAUCCCCCUGUUCUUCCUGGAGACGGCGCUGGGGCAGUACACCAGCCAGGGAGGGGUCACUGCCUGGAGGAAGAUCUGUCCCAUCUUUGAAGGAAUUGGAUAUGCCUCACAAGUCAUCGAGUGCUAUCUGAAUAUCUACUACAUCGUCAUCCUGUCUUGGGCACUCUUCUACCUCUUCAGCUCCUUCACCACAGUGCUACCAUGGGCUAACUGCAAUAACCCCUGGAACUCAGAUCUCUGUGUGGACAUUCUGAAUAGCUCCAGCUUGGACAACAGGACCGUGCCUGCGAACGCCACCUCCCCCAUGAUUGAGUUUUGGGAGAAGCGAGUCCUGGGGCUCACGGAUGGUAUUGACAAACUGGGCACUGUGCGCUGGGAGCUGGCUCUGUGUCUCCUGCUGGCGUGGAUCAUCUGCUACUUCUGCAUCUGGAAAGGGGUCAAGUCCACAGGCAAAGUUGUUUACUUCACUGCCACCUUCCCCUACAUGAUGCUUAUCAUCCUGCUGGUGCGAGGGGUCACGCUGCCGGGUGCUGCCGAGGGGAUCAUCUUCUACCUGAAGCCGGACAUUUCCAGGCUGGCAGACCCACAGGUCUGGAUGGAUGCAGGCACUCAGAUCCUCUUCUCCUAUGCCAUUUGCCAGGGGUGCCUGACAGCCCUGGGCAGCUACAACAAGUAUACCAACAACUGUUACAGGGACUGCAUCAUGCUCUGCUUCCUGAACAGUGCCACCAGCUUCGUUGCUGGCUUCGCCAUUUUCUCUGUGUUGGGCUUCAUGGCUCGAGAGCAGGGUGUACCCAUUGCAGAAGUGGCUGAAUCAGGUCCUGGGCUGGCUUUCAUAGCAUAUCCAACAGCAGUGACGAUGAUGCCUGUGUCUCAGCUCUGGUCUUGCCUCUUCUUCCUCAUGCUGAUCUUCUUGGGACUGGACAGCCAGUUUGUCUGUGUGGAGAGCAUGGUGACAGCUCUUAUCGACAUGUUCCCUAGCGUGUUUCGAAAGAAGGGGCGUCGGGAGCUGCUGAUCCUGGCCAUCGCGGUCAUAUGCUACCUGCUGGGCUUAUUGCUGGUCACUGAGGGUGGCAUGUACAUAUUCCAGCUCUUUGACUACUAUGCUGCCAGUGGCACAUGCCUGCUCUUCCUGGCAAUUUUUGAAGUCAUCUGUGUAGGAUGGGUGUAUGGUGCCAACCGCUUCUACGACAACAUUGAGGACAUGAUUGGUUUCCGGCCCUGGCCUUUAAUCAAGAUAUGCUGGCUGGUGUUCACCCCAGGUCUGUGCUUGGCUGUCUUCCUGUUUUCCCUGAUCAAGUACACACCCUUGAAAUACAACAAUUUCUACGUGUACCCACCCUGGGGCUACGUGGUGGGCUGGCUGAUGGCACUCUCCUCCAUGGUCUGCAUUCCUCUCUACGCCCUCUUCAUCCUCGUGAAAACCAAAGGACCCCUGAAGCAGGUAUUGGGAUUGUGGUCACUGGCGGCUGACACAGCUGAUUUCCCCAGCAGAGGAUUUGCCGCAGCCGAAGAAGCACGUGGCGGGUCUAUCCGAACUGAAGCGCAAGGGAUGGUCCCCUCCAGUCCAGGAGGUGCUCAGCGUCACAGAGAGAGAAACCAAUUUCUAAGGCACAGGGGAAGUCUCCUCCAUACGCCGGACUGAUUCGCUCUCUCCUUCCCGAAGUGGUUUCUUUUCUCUCCCGGGCUCUUCCCUUCUCUCCUUCACACCUGAGACAGAAGCAUCUGGGACACCCUCUCCUUCCAGCCAGCUGGUUGCACCCACCAGGGACAGCACUUCUUUUGACUCGCUGGGGACAACUCUCCCUGUCAGCAGCCGGGGAGAGAGCAACAAGGUUUUUUUUUCAGAAGAGUCCUUCAUUACUGACACUAGUGGGGAAGAGAAAAACAACUUAUUAACAAAAAAAAAAAAGGAAAAAAAAAAGGAAAAAAAAAAAGAAAAAAAAGCGGUCGUGUUUGGAGGAGGAAAGGAAACCACAGUGGUGAGAGAGAGCAGAGAAUAAAGGUGUGCAGGAGCAAAGUUAGGGAUGCAAAGGCACAGAACGAUGGGGCCUUAGAGCAGGGAGUAAGGAAGUUGGUUCAGAAGUACAUAAGAAGCUGGAGGAUGACAAAGGAAAGUGCAUUGCUAGGUCACCUACGUACGAGGGAGAGGGAGCCAGGAACAUAUCAUAGGCGGUGAUAAAAGGAGGCUGCAGCGUUAGUAGUUACGGCUUCAGUUGUCACUGAAAGGGAAGAGAGUGACAGGGUGCUCGAUGCAAUCACGGUUAUUGACGAUGGCUCUCAACGCAGUCUCAGGCUGGAAAGGGGCUGAGGAAAAACUGUGUAGGGGCUCACUCUUGGUCAAAACUACACGGCUUAGUGAAAACGCAUCUGAGAGUGAAACAGAUGACUAUUUGACAAUUCUUUCACAAAAUUCAGAGAGUGCAGGAAAAGUCCCAGAGCAGUUGGUAAAAAAAAAAAAAAAAAAAAAAAAGAGCUGCGGCAGAGCAGGGAGAAAUGAGACCCCGGGGACUGCACGCCCACAAAUUUAACUGCACUGCUGGGGCAUUUUGUAGAGGAAUUAAUGAAGGAGUUGAUGGGCCUGAUUCUGUGCUGCAGAGCAGCUUUGGGGCGAGGGUGGGAGAAGGAUUGCGCUCCCUCGGCUGUGCUGCAGAUGACUGCUCAGGGGAUGAGGAAGACAUAAUCGGGUGCAAUAAUCAUACGCUCAGGCAAGAUAAAGUGAUAAUUAAUAGGUAAGAUGGGUUCAUUGGAAGCAGAUUUUGUUGAAUUAAAGGUCUCACGUUGCCAGGGUAGUCAUGAAUGCGAGGCGAUGGCUGGGAGGGAUUGCGCUUGGAAGCGGUGUUUGGUGCGGUGCCACGCAGCUCUGUCCUGUGGAGGCUGGGGCUGUAAACCUCCCUGCCAAAACCUACUUGAACGCCUAUCAGAAUUUCACAGUUCAAACCACAGGAAAAGACAGUGUCAGGAUCCCCCCCAGGAGCUUUGCUGUGGUGGAGGGUACACGCGCCGGUGCGUGGCUGUGUUGCAAUAGUGGCGCAUCAAACCACGCCGGAGAAUGGCCAUUAAAAAGAAUCAGAGAUGCCACAGGCUCCUUUCCCUUGUUCCUCGUUCCAAGUAAUUGCUUUUCCCUGUGCUGUGUGGAGAUAAACCACCAGCGCUGAAAGUAAGCGGGAAAAUCGGGCCUCAUCUGUGCAAUGCGGUACCUAUUCCAAUUGCUAUGGGAACCUUAUCUUCUGCGGUUUCCUGUGAGUUUAACUGGUGAAUUAGCAUAGGGCGAUCUUUCCCCUAUCUAAUUUCCUUUCCUUUAAAAACUAAAACCUAAAAAUUGUUGGCGGAAUGAACGCUGAAAGUCAAGUAUCAAAAUUUCUACCUCUCUGAGGUAUUAUCGUUUGAUUGGAGAUGAUUUACUGUAAAAGGCAGAGAGAGCUGGCAAACCUCAUUCUUGUUGCCUGCAAAGGACUGCAGCAUCACAUAAGGCACCAUUUAUUUUAUUUUUGUUUUAUAAGGCGCUAAAUGUCACAUUGCAGCCAUAGUCAGGGGAAGAGCUUAACAUCCAGAGGCUUGCAGUCAGGCCUGGUGGGUAAGUAUUUUGUUGGGUUUUUUUCCUCUCCUUCCCAGCGGUGUUGCUCACGAUUUGGUGGGGGCAGCAGCUCCCCGCAGUGGGUCUCUGCAUGGACCCAGUGGCUGCCACCCAGCAGCAGCAGCGACAGGGUGGCACGGCCCCAUCAGCUGGAAAAAUCACUGGCCCUGGGGUGGUGCUGGGGUGUCCGGCGGGUUCUUGCUCUGCGGCUGCCUCCCCACGCUCGGAGCUGUAGCAGGGUCGUGCAGGAGAGGUUUGGUUUCAGGCAUGGGCUGCAGCUGCCUUGGCAGCACCCGUAGUCCAAUGGUGGCAUUUGUUUUGAGAAGGAAACCUGCCUUCUCGUCUUCAAGCAAGAGAAAGGAAAGUUAGAGGGCUGGGACUUGCCAUCCAGAUCCACCCUUAGGCAUUCGCACAGGUUUCUUGUACGACCCUUGGUGGGACAUUUAACCCCUUUGCUCCUGCGGCCAUGUCUUGAAGAUGCAAGGUAGUGUCGUACUGCCAGAGAAGUGGUGGAGAUGUGUUCGCUCUUUUUUCUGAGUAGUCGGGUAACGUUGCAAAAAUCCUAGAGAGAAAUAAAUCACUUUUCAGUUCUGAGCGCAAACGUGGGGCUGUGUUAUUGAAAAUAAAUACUGCAUGAACUGGUUCCUCUGUUGCCGAUGUACAAUCUGAUAGUCCCGUCCCAACUCUGCCAGGAAGCAGCAUAUUUUAAUAAAGUCAGAGGAGUUAUUGCUGUCCUCAUGGAAAGAAAUAACAAAAUUCCCAGGAUCAGGAAAUUAAUACAGAUGCUUCGGAUGGGAUUGACAGUCUCAGGAAGCUUAAGGGAAAGCUCAGUGACCCAGGUACACCCAGCAGGGGGGAACAGGGGAAAAUGCCACCAAUGGCUGUCUUUUGCUCUGAGACCCCCAGCAUGCAGGCGUGGUGAAGGACCAAGCACUGGUUUGUUAAACUGAUACAAACAUCUCGGGCUUUGCUGUGUGCGUACGACAGAUCUGAGAGGUCUCCAUCAUCCCCUGGAAGUGGGCACUUCGGAGAUCUCCGAGUCUGAAAGGAAACUGCUCCCUCUUUGCGCACCACCAGGGUGUAAAUAUGCCAUUGAAGGGAUGGUAUGGAGGGCAGGGAGAGACUUUUUCCCCCCGUAAUUGUUGAUAACAUGCCAAGACAUGAUGCAUUUGAAGCUGAAGUCCAAGGGAAGUUACGAGGUAGCCAUGCUACCUGCUUUCCUCCUGGUUGGAGGAAAAACACUGUAUAUAGAAGAAAGAACAGACUUCUGUCAACCACCUAAUUACCACUUCUGGGUUUUCAGGUUUGGGUUUUUUUUUCAUUAAAAGACCAUUUUCACCCCUAUCUCUGGAAAGGGAAGCCAGGAAAAUAGUUUGUUAAAAAAGAAAUCAAGCCAAAGAUUCUUGUAUUUUCCUUCUCCUUUCUUCAUUCUGUAUUUCUUUUCUUCCCAUUUUUCGUGUUUCCUCCCCUUCAGCCUUCCCUCCCUUCUUCC